UCUCUCUCUUUUCUUUUCCCUCUUCCUAUUUUCUAAUCGUUUGCGUUUACGUGGUAUCAGUGUAGUUAACGAUCCUGAACUGAUUUCCAGCCGAAUCGACCUUGAUCAGAGUGUUAUCCGAAUGGAUGUUGCGUGAAAAGUCGUUGGCCUUAACGAAGAAUGUGCUCGCUCAACCGACCCUGUACAGCUUAGACGAGGAGAACAGAAGAAGAUUUCCGGCUAGUCCAGCUUACGAUGUAUUGAUCACAGUCGUAAAUCCUGAUCCAGAAAAACUAAAGGUCACUUGGGAUUUAGCCACAAUGUCCGAAGAAUACGUUGAACCUUUCCUCGCCGAACUUGAAAUCUCAAGUAACUUUUCCGUGAAAUCGCAAUGGUUAUACUUUUUGCCUCUGGAAGUUCAUCCAAAACGGGUACCAGAUAGCAGCCCGUUGAGCCGACACUUUGCAUUAUCCGAGGAUGUACUACCGCAGCUAAUCACACCCUUGGAAAAGAAAUUAGCUUCGCAAGUAAGCCUUCAUCCAACCAUUAAUUUCGUCGUAUACGCUGUCCCCUGUGACACCGCUCCGUUGCACAUUUAUACCCGUACCGGGCAUAGAUCGAAAACCAAUGCCAACGUUGAAGCAUUUCUUUCGCCAAGAUGGGGUGGCGUGGUCUUGAUUAAUCCACCUUUGGAAUCAUGCAUGGCCAGCAAACCGAACGAAACAGUCACCGUCGCUCCAGCGGAGGCCACAAUUGUCGGCACAUUGCUUGCCCAAUUGAAGCUUCUCUUGGGUAUUCCAGAACCGAAAGUGUUCCAUGGCGUUACCACUGUCCCUUCGGUAGAAUUGAAAUUACGCGAUUGGGAAGUCGAUGCAUUGAUGCGCGUCCGCACGAUCGAGCAGUUGACUUCAGCUAAAUUAACUCUACAGUCGCUUGCUCAGCUUCUCAAAGAAAUUGAAAAUAUCGUCAUCACGGAUGUUGUAGGGAAUAGGAUAAAAACAGCUUUACGUUUAGUCGAGCAUUCGGCCGAAUGCCUAAGUCGCGGCGAUCUCAGUCAAGGUUUUUUCUCGAGCAAAGAAGCAUUCGUUGCCGCGGAAGCAGCAUUCUCCGAUCCAACACUUUUAGCAUUGCUAUACUUUCCGGAGGACCAAAAAUAUGCCGUAUACAUUCCACUUUUUUUCCCGGUUAUGGUACCAGUGCUGCUUUCUUUAAAAAAUAUGCACAGAUAUUAUUUCACUAGAAGAGCAAACGAAUAAAAUCUGAAUGGGUUUGUUCGAGCGUAGACCGGUCGUUUCUUCUGCCGCGAAACGCGAUUUAAAGUGAAACGUCACGCAACAUUAUUAUUUUAUAUUGUAUAUUGUUUUCUUGUCCCCUUGUCGAUAGUAAAGUAGAGACGAUAAAGUCAAUCGGUGAGAGCUCGGAAUCUCUCGAAAAGAAAACGAGGCAGAUAAAAACGAAAAAGUGAAUUUUAUUGU